UUUACUCCUUGUGAGUGCUUACCUUACAGCGGCUGUGGGCUUGCGGGCCACCAUGAUUCCUAGUGAUCUUAGGAGUCUUGCUGUCAGUUCAGCUAUGUUCCUGAUGUAGGGACGUGUGGUGAGUGCGUAGGGCGUACUGUGUCCUCCUCUUGUCGUCGUUUAGUAGGCAUCUGCGGAUGAAGUUGUGGGGAUGUCUGUGACAAAACACGUGAACAAGAACAAGCCAGCUCAGUGAGCGAGUCAACAACCUCACCUCCUGCCGGUGGGACAGGUCAUAUCCAGGCAUGGUGAUGGUGGUGUCUGGGACAUUGUCUGUAAGACUCCUCAGUCGUUGCAUCUUACAAGAUUGCCCUGUUGACCUUCCUUGCAGUGGGAAAAUAUGAUGUGUAUCAGUCCCAUCACUUCAGUAUUGGCUUAAAGAGCCUCUAAGUUUCGGAGAGUCUUGCACGAAAGGGAAAGGCGCUGUAAUGCAGAGAGACCUUUCUGUCUGGUGGCUACACAAAGUCAUCUUCAGACCAUGAAUACUGCAGAAACGGUACAGGAUGUAUAUAGCGUAGUUAGUUCUCAGUCUCUGUGAGAGGACAUCGAUGAUAAAGAUCGGUUUGAGUCCUGAUUUCUACUUGAACCUCAAACACUUGUAAAUGCCAGUCCUUGCAAACCCUGGGAGGUAGAGGCGACUAACCGUAACGUGGAAAGAGUCGCCAAACUUCAAAUCGCUCAAUUCACCCCAGAAGGAGAUUCGGGAACGGCUCCCACCAUCAGAAACAGGCCAACAGGACUGACUCACAGGUGACUAUUUUUCAGUGAAGAUGAAUUCAAAGUAAAACGAGCACAGAGGUUUGAAAUCACAAACUCAGGACUUUACGAAAAACAUUUAUUCGACGGAUCAUUUCAAGGUUGUGUUGAACGAUGGUUAACUGCUCUGUCGACCAUAGUAUCCACCAGAUCCUGUUUCCCACUGUCUACAUUGGGGUCUUCAUCAUUGGGCUCCCAACUAAUCUCCUGUCCCUGUAUCACAGCUACCUACAGAUCAGGAAGAAGAAUGAGCUGGGAAUCUACCUCUGCAAUCUGACCAUCUCAGACCUGCUGUACCUCCUUUCCUUACCUUUGUGGAUUCAGUACAUGCUGCAACAUGACGACUGGCAAUAUUCCCGGGAACUUUGCAUCUUCAGUGGUCUGCUCCUCUACCAGAAUAUCUACAUCAGCAUUGGCUUCCUCUGCUUCAUUGCCAUUAAUCGCUUCCUCGUCGUGGCUUACCCUCUGAAAUUUAAAUUCAUACACAGCAGGAAGGCUGCUUUGAUCAUCAGUAUUCUCAUCUGGCUCAAGGAGAUAGCUGUCUGCACCAUUUAUAUGGGCUCCAAGGUUCUCAGUGAAGAUGAGGGGAAUGACACUCUGUGUUUUGAACAUUAUCCUCUGCGUCAAAAGGACAGAUAUUUAAAUAUUUACAAACUUUCAAUUGGUUUCAGCCUCCCUUUGAUUUUAUUAAUCUACUCUUAUUAUAAAGUGUUGAGGGUUGUCCACAAAGUGCGUGGUGUUCAAGAAGACCAGAAAUUAAGAAUUAAAAAAUUGGUAUCUGGGACAAUUAUCAUUUUCCUGGCUUGCUUUGCUCCUUAUCACAUUUUCCUGAUGGUUCGAACGAUAUUCGAGUAUGACUGUCCCUUUGCUGACAGUAUUUUUGAGGUUUACCAUGUUGGGCUCCUGCUGAUGAGUUUAAACUGUGUAGCUGAUCCCAUCUUGUACUGUUUCGUAUCUCCGAGUUCACAGGGCUGGUUAGCAAGUUUCCUAGAUCCUGUUAUCAAGGUUCUUCCUUGCAGAACAAGUGAACUAACCGUGUCUCCAACAGCUCCAAUCAAAUCAACAGUUAUGAAUAAAACUGAAAUAACACAGUAAGAAUGUGGAAAGCAGGAUCGUAUGUAAUGGGUGAUGGAUUUAGGGAAUUCAUUUACGAGUACAGCUCAUAAACUGUGAAUUAUAUUCCUUCAAGCAUUGGACAGUAUGAUUAAUCUAAUUGAGGUGCAUGCAGCACUUCACUAAUAUGUAGACAGAAAAUAUCUUCCCUGGUGAGGUAACCCAAUGCUACUUUUAAGGCUGUCUUCUGAUAUUUUCAGAGCCAAUUUUCACCCAAGUGGUAAAAGCAAAGCACUGCCUUGCCAGCAAUCUGAAAUAAAAUAAAUAAAAAUGAAAUAAAACAGAAAAUGUUGGAGGAACUCAGCAGGUCUGGCCACAUCCAUGAAAAGCGAGAUAGUGUUUUGAGAACCCAAAACAAGAGUCAUAUCAGAUUCAAAAUAUUAAUUCCGUUCCUCUCUCACCACAGAUGCUGUCAGACCUGCUCAUUUUCUCCAGCACUUUGCAUUUUUAUUUCAGUCCAAAUGGUAACAAAAAUUUGAAAUUCUUAUUUCUGAUGUUACAUGUGAAUUGGGUUUUUAUGGCUCCUACUAAUGAAUUGUCCAGUAAGUACAUCAAUAGAUAUGGCUCCACUUGACUGGUAGAGCUAGCUUGAUUGAUUGAAUGGAUCACUGUUGUUUUUGUAUUUGAUUACUGAACAUAAGGAAAUAGUGAAUUAGAUCAUAACGUUUGUCAACUUUUUGUGAACUCUUGGACUUGUAAAUGAAAUCACCUGCAUCCAAUAUCUUCCACUCCUUUCCUGAAAGGAAGAAUUUGUAUUUCUGUAGUACCUUUAAAGACUUCAAGACAUCUCCACUUAACAUCCGAAAGUAUAAAGAUGAAAAUGCACAAAACUAUAGAAGACAGUCCCACAGACUGUAAUGACCAGAAGAAUACGAACAGAAAUAAGUCAUUGAAUCUGCCCUGCCAUUCAAGCAAAUCAUGGCUGAUCUGAUAAUCCUCACCUCCACUUUCCUGCCUUAACCCCAUAAUUCUCAUUCCCUUGCUCAUUUAAAUUUGUCUAUCAGCCUUCUUCAUGAUCCAGCUUGAUAGCCCUCUGCGGUAAAUAAUUCCACAGAUUCCCUAUCCAUUAAUAGAAGAAGUUCCCCCUUAGCUCUGUCUUAAAUGUGUGACCCUCUCUCUGAGAUUAUGCCCUCUGGACCUAGUCAUUCCCACCAGGGGAAAAGAAACUUUCCAUAUCUACCCUGACAAGUCCACUAAGAAUCUUGCAUGUUUCAAUAAGAUUACCCCUAACUCUUCUAAAUUCCAACACUGAUGUAGGAUCUGCACACAAUACUCUAGCAAAUAUUUAAAGCAUAAUCUUAUUGGUCUUAAACUCUAUAAGGUACAAUAUAUAGACAAAGCAGCAGAAUUCAGCUAUUUGGCCCAUCAAGUCUGCUCCUCCAUUCAACCAUGGCUGAUAUGUUUCUUAUCCCCAUUCUCUUGCCUUCCCCCCAUGACCCUUGAUCCCUUUACUAAUCAAGAACCUAUUUAUCUCUGUCUUAAAUACAUGAAAUACCUUGACUUCCACUGCCCUCUGAGGAAAUGAGUUCCACAGUAAGUAUUCCAUGUACCUUCUCAAUGACUUUAUCCAUCUGCCCUGAUACUUUAAGGGACCAGUAGACACCAAGGUCCCUCUGACUCUCUGUACUUUGCAGGGUCCUACCUUUCAUUAUAUAUUCCCUUCAAGCAUCCACUAUCAUUUGUGCAAGACAGUUCCAUACAUUCACCACCCUCCCUCUGUAGAGAUUCUCCCUAACAUCUCUACUGAAAUAUCUGGCUCUAAAUUUCAGACUAUACCCCACAGUUCCAGAAUCCUCAACCACAGGAAAUAGGUUACCUUCAUCUACUCUGGCUUUUCCCAUAACUACCUUGAAGACUUUGAUAAAGUCACCCUUUAACUUCCUAAAUUCUCAAGUAAAUAGGUGUAAUUUGUUUAAUCUCUACCCAUAACCUGAUCUCAAUCUUGAAAAUGUCACUACCAGUUAUGUCUCUGGAAUUACGGCAACCUUACUAAAAGGCCUCUCGAUUUUUAUAGUCCAUCACCCUUGCAAUAAAAGCAGCACUCCAUUAACAUUUCAAGUUACUUGUUAAUCAUUUUGUAAUCGGAAGAGCAAUCACAACAUAGAACUGUACAGCACAGGAACAGGCCCUUUAGCCCACCAUGUCUUUGUCAUUCUAAAUUAAUCCCAUCUGGCUGCAUGUGGUCAAGAUCCUCUAUUCUCUACCUGUUCAAGUAUAAAUGCCUCUUAAAUAUUGCUGUAUUAAUUGCUUUUACCACCUCCCCGGCAGCGCAUCCCAGGUGUCUACCACUCUCUGUGCAAAAAACUCGCCUUGCAUAUCUCCCUUAAACUUUCCUCCAUUCAUGUUAAACCUACACUCACUAGUCAUCUGCCAUCCACUCCACCAAGCUAACAAUGCUUCUUUUGGAAUCCCACACUAUGCUCCUCACAGUGGCCCUUUGAAUUUUAGAAGAGAUGGUAUUAAGUUUUCGGUUAGGACUACAAGUAAGAAGAAAUGUGUUCAAGAUGAUUUAUAAAUUAAUUUAGAGCUUUGAAAGAAUGGGAUCUGAUGAAGGGUCUAGGCCCGAAACGUCAGCUUUUAUGCUCCGGAGAUGCUGCUUGGCCUGCUGUGUUCAUCCAGCUUCACACUUUAUCAUUUUAGUAGCUUCAGUUAGAAGCAAAAUUUCAGUAGAUUUUCUGGUAAAGAUUGUGCUUGAAUUGCAUCUAUCAGCAAUAAAUUAGCUUAGAGUAGCUAUUCUGAUGGAGAUCGAGAUGACUAGACUUCAGAUAAGGAUUGAAUUUGGAUUACAGUUUUGGAGAAGAAAUUUGAGAUGGAUUUGAGUUUUGAAUUUAGACUGGGAUAGUGUUAAUGUUUUUGGUAAAGAUUUAGAAUAAUAUGAAAAUUCCAAUUAAAGAUGUUGAGGUUGGUUGGUUCGCCAAGCUGGUUUGUUGUUCCACAGACAUUUCAUUACCAUGCUUGGUAACAUCCUCGGUGCAGCCUCUGAUGAAGCUCUGAUGAACCCACCUGGUUUUUAAACUCUGGGGUCUGUUGCGAUGGAUUGCCUCACUUCCAGGUUUCCUCUGUAGUAGAGUGUAUACGGGGUCGCGUUCAAUGUGUUUAUUAAUAGCAUGCUUCAUGGAGUGCCAUACUUGCAGGAAUUCUCAUGCGUGUCUCUGCCAAGCCUGUCCCAGGAUCUUGGUGUUGUCCCAGUCGAAGUGGCAGUUCUCUUGUCCAUGUGGAUUAAGAUGAGUGAGUAUUGGUCAUGUCUUUUUGUAGCCAGUUGGUGUGCAUGUACUCUUGUUGUUAGUUUCCUUCUUGUUUGCCCAAUGUAGUGUUUCUCGCAGUCUCUGCAGGGGAUCUUGUAGAUGACAUUGGUCCUGUCCAUGGUGGGGAGUGAGCACUUGUUAUAGGGUUGACGUGGGGUUGUGUGCCUCUCUGAUGCCUGGUGGUCGUAGGAGUCUUGUGGUGAGUUCUGACGUAUUCCUGAUGUAGGGUAGUGUGAUGAGUAUGUCGGGCCGUGGAGAAUCUUUCUGAUGCUGUUCCUGUAGGCAUCUUCUGACUCCACCACAACGGACCCCACAGUUUAAAAACCAGGCGGGAAAAUACACCGAUGCUUCAUCAGAGGCUGCAUUGAGGAUGUUACCAGGCAGGGUAGCAACUGCGGAACAAAAAACCAGCUCAGUGAGCCAACCAACCUCAACACCCACAACCUGAGUUACAGAUCUUUUCCAAAACCUUAGAUUCUAGUUAAAGAUUAUGACAGAUUUAGAAUUUUUCAGUAGAUUGGAUAGAAUUUGAUUCUAGUAAAAUAUAUAGACAGAAGUUGAACUCCUUGCAGAAAAUGGGACGGGAUUAGAGCUUCAGGUAAAAACUGGGUAAGAUAACAAUACAGAUUUAU